AUGGCGAAACCGCGAAUUUACUUACCAGGAUCUAAAACUGCCGUCAUUCUGUUAGCAUUUUCGGCUUCGCUUGGUUGGGCGGCGAGCCGGGUCGUUCCUUCGGCAACGGGUUGGCCCCUCUGUGCCGACCCCUCUAUUUGGACGUUGGUGGAGGCCAAACCAGGCGAGGUUGGUACGGCUUCUGGAAUUCCUGAGGAACACCUCCUGAGGAGGGUUGUGAUUUACUCGCCUGCCAGAACUGCAGCUCAGCAAGGAUCUGGCAAAGUUGAGAGAUGGAAGAUCAACUUUUUGUCAACCCAUAAGUAUGUAUUGGGAACAUCCAUGGCGACCCUUAUUUAUGCCAAUGUAGGCGAUUCUGCUUUGAGUGUUGAUAAUGAAGAAGCAGCAAAGGCAUUUGCAGAGAGGCAUGGUUGGGAAUAUGUGGUGAGUUUUGCUGGUCCAAGAUUGAAUAACUGA